CCUUGCGCUCGCCCUCGCUCUCGUUGCUUGCUGUGAAGCCCCGGGCUUCACUUCACGCCGGGCUGGAGUGCGAGAGAGCAGACUGGCAUUGCGGAUCGAGUGUCGGGGCACUGGGCGUUUGAUGGAGCUGGAGAAGGUGUGAGCAGAGUGGUUUUUGGCGUUUCCUUCGGUAAUUUCAUCAGGCAGAGGAAGGUGCGAUGGCUUCCAUAGCAGCGGCCGGAGCGAGCUUGAGCAAUUCAUGUUUUUCUGGACCCCCCGGCUCCGCUGUGGAGCCCAGACUCCAGAAAGCCACCAAUGUUCGCCUGCAAAGCAGUCUCUGGGGCCAGAAUAUCGUGAAAUGUCGUCGGAGCUCAGUCUCUACUGCGAAAUGUCGCCGAACUACAGUGGCAGUAAUAGAGAAAAACUCGCCUGAUUCUUCAACCUCCGCCAAUGGCUCUGUCUUAAGCUCGGAAGGUACUGAUGAAGAAUUGGCCUCUCGGAUUGCAUCUGGAGAGUUCACAGUUGCAGCUGCGAAAAAGAAGGACAAGUUUGCAAACAUUCGUCAGGCACUUGCCAACGGUGGUCCCCCUGGAAGAUUCCUAUCAUUCGCUCUUGCCAAUUACGAGAGAAGGUUGAAGCAAGAGAGUCUUAAGAAAUUGCCCGAGGCUAAAGGAGAUGUCAGGAAAAUCGUUGGUCAACCAUUUUUUGUCCCUCUCUUCACCUUAUUUAGGACCUACGGUGGCAUCUUCCGCUUAUCUUUUGGACCCAAGUCCUUUGUCAUCGUUUCAGAUCCGACGAUUACCAAGCGAAUUUUGAAGGACAAUGCCAAGUCCUACUCCAAGGGUAUAUUGGCAGAGAUUCUUGAGUUUGUCAUGGGAACGGGGCUCAUUCCAGCAGAUGGCGAGAUUUGGAGAGUUCGACGUCGGGCGAUAGUACCUUCUCUACAUAAAAAGUUCGUGACAGCUAUGUUAAGUCUCUUUGGGGACAGCACCAUCAGACUCUGUGACAAGUUGGACACAGCCGCGAGUAAUGGGGACGACGUUGAAAUGGAAGGAUUGUUUUCACGUCUUACUUUGGAUGUCAUCGGCAAAGCAGUAUUCAAUUAUGAUUUCGAUUCUCUCUCAAAUGAAACAGGCAUCGUGGAGGCUGUGUAUGUCACGCUCCGAGAAGCCGAAGAUCGCAGUGUUGGCAUAUUUCCUUACUGGAAAAUCCCCAUUCUGGCUGCCAUUGAUCCUCGACAAAGGAGGGUUGCCAAAGCACUAAAAGUUGUGAACGACACCCUAGACUCGUUGAUUGACAAGUGCAAGCAAAUAGUUGAAGAGGAAGACGACGAAUUUCAUGAGGAGUACAUCAGUGAGCGCGAUCCAAGCAUACUCCAUUUCUUGCUGGCAUCUGGAGACGAGGUUACAAGCAAGCAGCUUCGCGACGAUUUGAUGACAAUGUUGAUAGCAGGACAUGAGACAUCAGCAGCUGUCCUCACCUGGACGUUUUACCUUCUAUCAAUGAACCCUUCGGUGACGGCUAAACUCCAAAGAGAGGUAGAUGCAGUGCUGGGAGAUCGUGCACCAACGAUUGAUGAUAUGAAGAAGCUACAAUAUACGACAAACAUCAUUAAUGAGUCUAUGCGGUUAUACCCGCAGCCACCAGUGCUGAUUCGCCGAACUAUGGAGGACGACAUGCUUGGCCCAUACCUUGUUAAAGAAGGUGAAGACUUGUUUAUCUCGGUGUGGAAUCUUCACCGGUCUCCGCUACUUUGGGAGAAUGCUGAUGCCUUUCAACCAGAACGAUGGGACACGUAUUCAGCCGCUGAGGCUUCUCAAGCUUUCAGAUAUAUCCCUUUCGGAGGAGGACCUCGCAAGUGUGUGGGUGAUGUGUUCGCCACAUAUGAGGUUGUCACUGCCCUUGCCAUGCUUGCAAGGCGGUUCAACUUCGAGCUUGCAGCUGGAGCCCCACCAGUGUCCAUGACUACAGGAGCAACGAUUCAUACAACAAAUGGCCUUCACAUGACAGUAACGCACAGAACUAGGGCGCCGGUGAUUCCUGUCACAGAUGUACCAUCGUUGACAACAGUGGAUGAAAAUGGAGUUAUAAAGAGCUAUAGUGCGAGUGAUGGUUCUAUCAGCGUUCUAGGGCCUUCUAGCAGCGGGUGUCCAGCAUCAGCAGUCCCCCAAAAUUUUUCAGCUUCUUCCACACUCGAGCAAUCUUAGCAGUUGUCUUAGUUGUAUUUCACUCAUGUAUAUUAUCACCCAUUUUACGAGAAUACAAGAAGCAAUUUAUCUCCUGU